AUGGAUGGAUGUCUGAAACAUUUUAGUCGCAGACUGGAGCUCUGCUUCGUGACCAGGGUAGACUGUGUUUACAAACGUGUUUACUUGGUCCUGGAACGUCACAACUACUUCUUGAUACAGAAGCCACUUUUUUAACCAAGGUGACAACUGGAGUUGAUGAACAACUCUGCCAUGCUGUCAUUUCGUUUUCACGUUAGACUGAAGAGACACAAGGCAAGAAGAUAAACCGCUUAACAUGGGAUAUCACCUGGCUGGAUCAUUUCCGGCUUCUCUUCGUUAAGCAUCUCCAAUCCGCCGUAGUCAGCACAUUUCGGGCCCCCAUCGCCCAACUGCAUCUCUUUGCGUCGGCUCUCCGACCACUUCAGCUUCCUCUUCAAGCGCUCCACCUGCUCCCUGCACCGUGCAACUUCAUCCAUGAAACUGUCUUCCACAAGCCUGGUGAUCUCGUACAUGGCAGCUUUGAAGACAGUCUCCAUCACACCAGACAGAUGCGACUGAAAGGCCACGAGUGGGUCGGCCAUGACGGUGGCCGUUACAGUCCUGAAAAUAGCUUAACAAGUAUUUAUCGAGCUAACUUUCAGUUGAAUUAAGUCCAUGAAUUGUCCCAUUUGCGGGUGAUGGUUUCGUUACAAUCGCAAUGGAGAUAUAAUGUGGCAUCUGAUGAAUACCCCUGGCACUGACCCUCUAUUUUAGUUGGCUAACGUGAGCUUAGCAGAGAGGCUUCCAUGACCAAGAUUAACUGUAAUUUUUUUCUUACGAUGCAUAUGGCAUUAAUAUUCAAAGGUAGGCACGAAAAAUAACCGUCAACUACCAUGAAAAAGCAAUUCUACUUAAUUUUGUGCGGCAAGUGAAUUUCAUCUUGGUUCCGUCAACAAUCACCCAUCCGCCAUUUCGACUACGGCGAGGAAUUAGGGACAAAAUAAAAAAAACAACCGCCAUUAAAUUGAUAUGACAAUUAAUACUGCAGAAACAAUUUAAAAAUAUAGGUUAUUAAAUAUAGAACUUGUUCUUAAUUAUGUACAGGCAAUCCAAUUAUUUUGUUCCGUAAAUAUUCGCCCUGCCGACAUUUUGACUACGGCGAGUAAUUAGGGUCAAAACUUAUCAACUCGACAACAACUAUUGUUUGCGUUUAUCGUUUUAGACAUCUAACUCUAUAUACACUGAAGCUUUGGUAUGCUUAGACACAGAAACCUUGUUCGUAAUUAGAAUUGGCUAUUCUUUUUCUCUUUGUUGAAAGUCCGCGCGUGCGCAUUUGUCGUCUGUUACUGACAGAGACGACCGCAGCAGAUGUGCGUCACGAUGCACGUACACACAAAGCCAGGACGGUUCCAGGAAGCCAUGUUGACGGCGGUAGUCACUCCACAUUUCGACUAACGUGGAAAUACUGGUAAAACGCAGGAACCUUAUAACUAACUCGGAGGAAAGACCACCAUACUAGGAUGUCUGCGGAUGCUUUUCAGACACAGUACGCCUCCUUUAUGGAGAGUAUAGUGAAGAGUACCAUCGCGGAAACUACGAAACUUUUCGAAACUAUGGUCGACGAAUUAAAGUCGGAAUUAUCCAAGGUCAAGAAGGAGAACGAGGCCCUCAGAACAACAUCCAGAGAAAAGGAGAACGCCAAAACCGUGUCGACCACCGAGUCCUGUAAAUGGGACGGCCCUGACAUGCGUGAUUCCGCUGUUCAAUGUGACCUUCUUCCCGGCCACCCUUUGCUCGGUGUGCAGUGUCAACCAAUGGGACAAAACACUGAUCAUCAAAACCAUCGGUUUGAUCAAGAGGAGCUGGUAUACAACCUACUGAAGGACCAUGACUAUGAUGCUGCAAAAGGAGGACAUUAUCAGCUGGCAAAACCUGAGGUCUCUGAAGCCACUGUCUACAGCAAGGAAGUCUGUACUGUUCCAGAUUCAGCACCAAGCUCUCCCGGUGGAAGUGAAACAGAAGGCCCCCGGAUUGACCAGCAAUGUUUGAACGGACGUGACAAGGGUCUAGUUCAAGCCAGUCUGGAACGGGAUUGCAAUUUACUUGAGUCACAGAAUCAGUCAAUGAACUCACAUUCUACAAUAAGUCAUAACAUGGAAGUGGCAUCCAGUGCUGACCAAAUGUUAUCAGAAUUCAGGAUGAAAGGCUGCACCGGUUCUACAACCUUCAAAGAACUGCCAGCAGCAUCACAGGUAAAAAUUCAACAACGAUCAUUAAGUGAAACCCCUGGAAAGGAGCAUGCCCAUGUCGCUGUGGUGCAGCACAGUGGUGUUCCCCUUGCAGAAGAACAGCAAGUGGAGCAAACGCUGCUGAAGGAACAACCAGAGUGGGUACAAAUUAUAUGUGGCUCGACUAAAGAUAAGACCAACAUUGAAAUUGAUGUGGCAGUAAAGACAAACAGAAGAGAAAGGAAACAGCCCUCAAAUAAAGUGAAACACCUGCAAAAGACUCAAUCAAAUGGCCAUGCAGGACAUGAUGAAAACAAGAGUUGUCCUUCAUCGUCGUGUAGGCUUCCAGAAGUCUCUCCGAGUCAGUCAGAAGUUAACAUUGUUACAACAUCAGCGCAAAACAGAGACGUAUUGGAAGACGUGGAAAACCCUAACGCUGCGCCUCUGUCAGAAACAGGUGUAUCCUCUCAAUCCCCACACCCCUGCACGGACAAAGUGUCCAGUCGAGCGACAAGCGGUGGGCUCCCAUUACACAGACUGACUGCAGCAUCACUGCCAGAAGCAUCGUGUAAGCUCAGGGAACGCAGCACAUCCGUAACGCUUCAGGAUGCCAUGCUGCUGGUUGAAGCGAUGGAUCAGUCAACGAAGAGUCGUGCCUCCGCACAAGAAGAGACAACCCAAUCCAUAUGUAGAUUACCAUCUGAGGUCCACUCUCCAUCACCUACUCAAGCGCUAUCAUCACAGCCACAACCAACGCCACAACCUGAAGAAGAGAUACCAACAGCAGAGCAGUCGACAGACACAUUCAGUGAUUCCCAGUCUCGCACUGGAGUAGUGCAACAACAGCAUCGCCUGUCAAACAUGAUUACAUCUGUAUCAUCUACAGAAGCAGAGUCAUUGGAGCAGCGCUCACCUUCUCCGGUUAUAUGGCCAGCAACUUCACAAACACCGGGAGACCAAGUCCAGAAUAAAAUCAUUGUUAACCCUAAAUCAUCAUCCUCCAGUCAUCCACCACGUACCAUCGCCCCGUUGUCCGCAACUCAGAUUUCAGCUGUGGUGUCAACUGUUGCUGCUGCACAGAAUAAAUAUUCCUCAUUUUUGGGACUCUCUGAGAGGAAGAACGCCACCUACACAACGGCUAUUGAGACGACCAUCAGCUCAAUAGAGCAGAAGUCACACACUCACACACAAAUAAAAAUAAUCAUUCCUAGACCUACAUCAGCUGUUAUGGCAAGUCCGACACAACCGUUGGAGGCAGCAAUCCUAAUUGCCCAGCAGAAUUCUGUCGAAAUGUCAAAAUCGCAGUCGAGUCCUCAAAUUACUUCAGACGGAAAGGAAAACUCAUCACCGACUGUGCAAAUACCAUGUAUUUUAUCACCGGAUUAUGGUGGUCUAGGAAUGACUGAAGAAGCAGAGGCAUCUUUGACCGAGAGUGUACCAAUGGACUCUUUUCCAGUGGCCCCAGCGAUGGCCAGAUCACAAACACCGCCAUUGGCCACCAUGCUGGCUGUUGUUCCAGAACUGCAGUCUCAUGAAAGGGAGGUGUCGGAAGUCGCCAAACCGGACAGCACACCCCCUGCUGUACACGUCCAGGCACCAGCCCCAGCCCCAGAAGUUUCUGGGUUAUCAACCAGCCUUUCUCCCACUUCAAAAGAAACCUCUGCUGAUGGAGCUCUCAGUGACUCUUCAGUGUCAGAGAAUAUAUCGUCAGCCGCCAUUUUGGAAGAGGAACCAGCCGCUUGUGUGCCACCUUGUUCACGUUCCGGUGUGCACAAACGUGUCUCGGUGAAAUCAACAAUAGAUAUCGACAAGGCUGAGUUAUCGACUCUACCCCAUCAACCGACUGAGCCUUCUUCCACCACGAAUGAAGCCAUCAUAAGCAAAGUGAUACAGUUAACCCCCAUCAUACCCAAGGACCUAUCUGACCCCCGUUCACAGUGGACUAAAACACAGUUCCUUGCACAGUUGGCAGUGAUACCUAUAAGCCAGGAUCCCCAAAAGGUAUCAACAAAUGGGUUUGCAGAAGGCCGCGCUACUGAAGACGGGACAAAAGCAGAUCACAGCAGAAAGCUGCCGAAAAAGUCAAUUGUCGCCCGUCUUCGAUCGCACCUCAAAAUGCACUCCCUAGCUAAAAGAAGAGACACACACCCUGAGCCACUUGAAGGAAAACAGCAUCGCCUCGUGAGCGCCAAGAAACCUUCAUUGGAGAACGUCGGCACUACUGACCAAGCAUCCGCCGAGUCCAUUCCUGUCAGCACAAAAGCUCCCCCAGAGCUACAAACCGAAACCAGCUUUUGCCAAACAACGCUCAAGACACAAAUGACUACAGAUAUCAGUCUACCUGAAAGAACUACUUUACCGACUGUUCUUGUUUGCCCCAAAGACCCAGUUGUCAGCAAAGACGCACCGUCUCUUCAAAGCAGGACAAACAGCACUUUCAUUAUUUCCUCACUGCCAGACACUGGGGAAAGCAUCACCCAGGGAAACACAACACAGCGUACAUUAGAUGACGACAGUUUCAAAACAGUAGCACAGACAGAACCCUUGCCAAGAAACCCAAAAGAACCAAUUAUUGCUCAAGAAUGUGAAAGCAAAAAGCUAGAAUGCUCUGUCUACCUCAGUUCAUUUCUAGAUAGCAAUGACAGGAUCAGGACGAGCGAAGAUGAGGUUAGCUCAAACAAGUCAAAAGCUACUACUGUGUGUCUAAGGUCAAGUACGACUAAAGACACCGCCAGUCCUCAAAAUAUUACGUUCCCAUCUGGGUAUCGUAAAAGGUGUAUCACCGCUCAGGAAAAUGCUGUUCCCAAAAAGACCCAAACAAAUUACCCACACCAGGACAGGUCGGCCCUUAAAAAGACUGAGACUUUAAGGCCAAGGUCAAGCAGGGAUGAUGCUGCUUCAAGCAAACCCCAUUUUCCUGCUGCCACUCCAAAGGAGUCCAAUUUAAUGAAAAGUUGUUCUAGGUCUAAAAAGUCCUGCAGUGAAUCACUCGAUAGUCCUAAUUUAGCCGAAGAAGAGCACACAGCGAAACAGUUAAAGAUGUUGGGGAAUACUCCACCCACAACAGACGGUACCAGUCCAAGUGAAGCUAUUGCCAAGAAGCCCAGAUUCAGUCAAAAUUGUAGUAUUUCAGAAAAUGUCAAAUUACGUAAUGCCCAGAAAUUGGCUACAGCGGCAAAAGCAAAGUCUGAAAACAUCAAAUUACGUAAUGCCCAGAAAUUGGCAAAAGCAGCAAAAGCUACAACUAUAGCAAAAAUGAACAAAUCAAAACAACCCAAAUUAACCAAAACAAACCAAGUGGCCCACAGUUGUACCGGCGAGGAGACUGGGAGCAGGGAAGGAAGCAUGGAAACUACCUCCUUUAGGGGAAAAGCCUCUUCAAUGUCACCCAUCCAGAAAGAGGCACGGCCCCCAAGAGCUCAGACUCACACUGUCGUUUCUCACCUGAGUCUUUCACCCCAGCCGCUACCUGUCAAAGCGGCGCCUGUUGCAUCACCACUGCAGCCCUUAAACCUCGCCGGUUCUCGACUGCUCAAGAACCAGUGUGGCGAAUGCGGUCGUGUUCUCAGCAGCGGGGCUGCCCUCGAGAGCCACAUCAGUCUCCACACAGGCCACAGACCGUUCUGCUGUGCCCUGUGCGGGAAGAGCUUUCCUGACGCCAAGGGUCUGAGACGGCACGGCAGAGUGCACCGCAACGGUAGGAUCCAUAUCUGCCAGCAGUGCGGGAAGGGUUUCGUCUACGGAUUUGGACUCGCCAAACACAUCCAGAUGGUGCAUGGGAAAAUUAAACCAUUUGUCUGCCAGAUCUGCAACAAGGCCUUCUUCACAAAGCGAGACGUGGAGGACCACAUACGGAUCCACACGGGGGAGAAACCAUUCCACUGCCACUUGUGUGAAAAAAAGUUUGUAAGGAAAGUGGAAUUAAAGGUGCAUCUGAGGUGGCAUAACGGAGAGAAAAGACACUGGUGCCCGUACUGUGGGAAAGGAUUUUUAGACUACAAUAACUUGAAAAGACACAAGUUAAUCCACACGGGGGAGAAACCGCAUUCUUGUCCUCACUGCCCGAAACACUUUACACAGUCAGGCCACUUGAAGAAGCAUGUUAGAAAUGUACAUAAAAUCCAAUGAGAAGAGUUAGUUGUUUUCUUUACAAAUGUGUCAUGUGACACGUUUAUGUUGUCACAAUUGAUAGAGGAGGUGAAUUCAAUAAAAAAGAAGAAAAGCCAUCACAUGGACUUGUGUUGAAUUA